CUCACCAUCUUAGGAAAUCUGGCCAUAAUCGUUUCCAUCUCAUAUUUCAAGUAGCUUCAUUCUCUGACCAAUUUCAUCAUCCUAUCCAUGGCCAUCACGGAUUUCCUGCUGGAUUUUGCCAUUACACCCUACAGCAUGGUGAGACCCGUGGAGAACUGCUGGGGUUUUGGGAUGACAUUCUGCAAAGUUCACUAUGGUUUCGACCUGAUGCUCUGCUUAGCUUCCACUUUCCAUCUUUGUUCCAUUGCUGUGGAUCGGUUUUAUGCAAUCUGCCACCCUCUGCAUUACACCAGCACCAUGACUGUUGUGGCCAUAAAACAAAUCAUAGCAGUCUGCUGGUCAGUGCCCGCUGCUCUUGCUUUUGGUGUGGUUUUCUCAGAAGCUUAUGCUUCUGGAAUUGAGGGCUAUGAAAUGAUGGUUAAAUGCUUGAGCUUGUGCCCUAUUGUGUUCAACAAACUGUAGGGGACUGUUUUAUUUACAGUUGGUUUUUUUGUUCCUGUUUGUAUUUUAAUAGGGAUUUAUGUUAAAAUGUUUACAGUCUCCCAAAGGCACACAUGUGAGUUGGCCAGACACACAGAAACUGUUAAGAAAAAUGAACUUUCUAAGAAUAAAGAUAGGAAAGCUGACAAGACUUUAGGUAUAGUUAUGCUGGGUUUCUUGAUAUGCUGGUCUUGUUUUUUCACAAUCUUAAUUGAUCCAUUUUUAAAUUUGUCAAUUCCUUUACUUUUGUUUGAUGCUCUAAACUGGCUUGGGUAUUUAAAUUCUUUCUGCAAUCCAUUAAUAUAUGGAGAUCCUUCCAGCAGGGAAACCAUGAGUCAGACGACGGGCUACAAAAAAUAUAACACUAGACUUGAAAGCUACUGCAGAUCCUUUUUAAGUGUCUUCACAAUGUUUCCUGCCAGCAAUAUUUGUAACUGUACACAACUAUUCUGCAGAGUGAGUUUCAAUCCUUUGUUAGUUACACAAGAAGGUGUUAAGUUAAUGUUAGGUGUCUAA